AUGGAGGGGGAGAUGAAGAACUUCAUGAUGGUCUGCAUUUCAGUUUUAGCAUCUCUAAGUUACUCUUACAUCAUAGGAAGAAGUAUCCCUAAGGGCAGUUUCAGACUCCUUUUCCUCCUACCCGUCCUUUCCAUCUUCCUCCUCCUCCCUCUCAGCCUUUCUUCCAUACACCUCAUAGGCAUCACAGCUUUCUCCAUCUCUUGGCUCGCUAUCUUCAAGCUUCUCCUCUUUGCCUUCGGCCAAGGCCCUCUAUCUCUCACCACCUCAACCAUGUCCCUACUCCGUUUCAUCUCUCUCUCUUCUCUCCCCAUCAAAAUCAAACACAAUCCCACCAACAAAUCCAAACCCAAAUCCAAAUCGCCUCUUAACUACGCAAUCCAAAUUGCCCUCUUAGUUUUAACGAUCCAUGCCUAUAAUUACAAACACUAUUAUAUUUUUAUUCACCUAAAGUUCGUUUAUAUCCUCUUUUGUCUCCACAUUUACUUGAGUCUUGAACUUAUCCUUGCCAUGCUUGCUUCUCUCGCCAAAGCUCUAUUGGGUCAUGAACUAGAAUCUCAGUUCAACGAGCUUUACCUAUCGACAUCUCUAAUUGAUUAUUGGGGUCGAAGAUGGAAUACCACGGUCACUUUCAUCUUACGCCCAAUAGUGUACGAGCCCACGCAGCAAGUCGCAAUGGGUACAAUGUUGGGGAGGAGGUGGCCGGUGUUAGCUUCAUUAAUGGCGGUGAUGGCUACCUUCUUAGUGUCGGGGUUGAUGCAUGAACUCAUCUUUUACUAUCUGGGAAGGACAAGACCUACAUGGGAGAACACCUGGUACCAUUUACUACAUGGGUUUUGUUUGGCUUGUGAGAUUGCCGUGAAGAAGGCCUUGGCUGGUAGGUGGAAGUUGCAUCGGGUGGUGUCUAUAACACUGACCAUAGGGUUCGUCAUGGUUACGGCUUAUUGGCUUUUCUUUCCGCCGCUCCUCCGGUGUGAUGCCCUGGCCAGAACUCUUGACGACUACUCGGCUUUAAUCGGAUUCGUCAAGCAAGUCUUGAGUUUUAAAUCGUAA